AUGGGCGCAGAAGACGGACCAUCAAACGCAUUAGAGGAUAUUCUAUUUGGGAGUGCGGCUGGAAUGAUUGCCAAAGUAUUUGAACAUCCUUUUGAUCUAGUUAAAGUAAGAUUACAAUCUCAACCUACAGAUAGACCAGCAACUUUUACUGGACCAUUGGACUGUUUCAACCAGACUAGGAAAAGGGAAGGAUUUUUCGGACUAUAUAGAGGACUUACAGCUCCUCUGAUAGGCGCAGCUUGCGAAAACGCAACCUUAUUCGUGUGCUACAACAAAUGGAAAGACCUCAUAGUCACUCUAAGACCCGAAAUACCAGGUUUGAUAUCGGGGAAGGGGAAAGCUAGAGAAUUGACCACACCUGAAAUAGCUAUUGCAGGUGGUGGUGCUGGAUUCAUGGCCAGUUUUGUAUUAACACCCAUCGAGCUCAUUAAAUGUCGAAUGCAAGUUCAACGUUUAUCACUUGAAGGAGCUGUAUCCUCAUCUGUCUCUUCUAUCAAAGCGUCACCUGAAAUUGGUUCACAUCCAUUCGCUACCACCCCACAUAUCCCUUCUUCAGCUGCCGCAUCUUCCACCCUAGCCACAUCAAGUAUGGCACAUUCACUGAAACCAAAACUACUAGGACCUGUGGGAUUGACAGGUGAUGUGAUCAAACGGAAUGGCGUCAAAGGAUUGUGGUUAGGUCAAACAGGAACGUUGUUCAGAGAAACAGGUGGAUCAGCAGCAUGGUUCGCAACCUUUGAAUAUGUUGCCAAAAAAUUCAUCUCACGUAGACAAAAGAUUCAAGAUGAGGAUAUCGGAUCGACAAUGGUGACGACGAAGAAGAAAGUGACGAAAGGAGAUUUAGCUAAAUGGGAAUUAAUGUUAUCAGGAGCGAUGGCAGGUAUAGCAUAUACUGUCUCAUUAUUUCCGGCAGAUUCGAUAAAAUCAGCGAUUCAAACUCAUUCAGAAUUAAACCCAAAUAAACCUUCACCAUCUUUCAUCUCAAUGGCAAAAAUAAUCUACAAAUCGAGAGGAAUAAAAGGUUUAUAUGCAGGUUGCGCAACUACAAUAGCUAAAAGCGCUCCUAGUUCAGCAAUGAUAUUCGUCAUCUACGAAACCUUAGAAUCCAAGUUCGGUGGUUUCUUAGGAUAA